AUGCUUUCUGUGCUUCAGGAGAUUGUGUUGAUGGCACCUUACUAGGCUGCUUAUAUUGCUAAGACGAGAAUUUAUACAAGGACUUUUCAAAUUUCAAGUGUGUGGAAUAGUGCCUUGAGAAUCAGUUUAGCUUCAAAACAGAAAGGGGUUAUCAGCAAUCAACAACAUAAAGUAUUCUAUAUUGACAAUACUGACAAGGAGCAAGUUAUUGAACUAGGAACCCUAGAUUUCCCUUACAGAAAUUUAGAUGAUCCAUUUAGAGAGAUAUUUAACUAAUAAUCAUAAAACAAGCCAACAGUCUAAAUUCUUAUCAGAGAAGGAGUAAAUAUUACCUAGUAUUCAAGUUAAGUACCCUUACUUUUACUUUAAACAGAUGCAACUUUAGGACUGUUGUCAAUAUAGUUGAGACUUCUUACUAAUGAACAUCUAGUCUGUUUAAUCCAACUAUCACAUCUGAUGGGUCUAUAAUAGAUUAUGAUGUUAAUGGCAAGAUUAAAUAAGAUUUGA